AUGGCUCCGGCCGCCCUCACCGGCUCUGCACGGACAAUUCGGGGUUCUUGCGGGGGCAUCGAACCUUCUCCCUUCCGGAGCAGCCCUUCCCCGCUCUGCUGCACGCAGCUCUUCAUAACCAAAGCAUCUGGUACGCAGCCAGAGACCACUCGCCUUACGCAGCGCUCGCAGGAGCAGCUCCGUGCGCCACGAGGGCUCGGCGGUGCCCCGAAGACACUUGCCGAUACCACUAUAGCCGUUGAAAUGGAACCAAUAAAUUAUGUUGUAUUUACCGAGCACGCUCUGCUCGCUCGACGCCUCGUGAUUCUGCCCUGGGCAGAGGCUUUGUGUCCACGGGACCAUGUGGAUCCCCGGGAAGCGCCCGACUGCGGGUGCUGCUCCAAGCCCUGCAGCACCAGGGACUCGUCCUGGUCUCGCGCUGCUGCACCGGGUUUGCUCGGCACCUUCCCGGGCCUGUGCUCCAGGAUCAUUGAGAAGCGCCUGGGACACAUCCGCAGCCGGGUUUUCCGGGAGGUGGAGAUGCUGUAUCAGUGCCAAGGACACAGGAAUGUCCUGGAGCUGAUCGAGUUCUUCGAGGAGGAGGACCGCUUCUACCUGGUCUUUGAGAAGAUGCGUGGAGGCUCCAUCCUGACGCACAUCCACCGGCGCCGCCACUUCAACGAGCUCGAGGCCAGCGUGGUGGUGCAGGAUAUCGCCAGCGCCCUCAACUUUUUGCACAACAAAGGAAUAGCGCACAGGGAUUUAAAACCAGAGAACAUUCUCUGCGAGAGCCCCGACCAGGUGUCCCCAGUGAAAAUCUGCGACUUCGACCUGGGCAGCGGCAUCAAGCUCAACGGCGACUGCUCGCCCAUCUCCACGCCGGAGCUGCUCACCCCGAUGGGGGUGGUGGUGCAGGUGACCCAACCCCAGGGCAAUGGUGGCCUGUCCCCAAGGGGGUGGCCCAGCCGUGGUGGUGGUGGAGGUGGCCUGGCCCCAGCAUGGAGGUGGUGGUGGAGGGGGGACCCAGCCGUGGUGGCAGAGGUGGCCUGGCCCCGGAGGGUGCUGGUGGUGGCAGUGCCCGGUGCCGCUGACGCCCUCCCAUUGCAGAACAUGCUCUUCGAGAGCAUCCAGGAAGGCAAGUACGAGUUUCCCGACAAGGACUGGGCGCACAUCUCCUUCGCAGCCAAAGACCUCAUCUCCAAGCUGCUGGUGAGGGACGCCAAGAAGCGGCUGAGCGCGGCCCAGGUCCUGGAGCACCCCUGGGUGCAGGGGUGCGCCCCGGAUAACACCCUGCCCACCCCCAUCAUCCUGCAGAGGAACAGCAGUGCCAAAGAGCUCACCACCUUCGCCGCCGAGGCCAUGGCCGUGAACCGGCAGCUGACACGGCGCGACGAGGACGCCGAGGAGGAGGAGGAGGCCGAGGCGGCGCGUCGGGAGCUGCGGAGCGAAGGAUGCGGCAGUAACGCGAUCGUGGGCCCCGCGCUGCCAAAUCCCGGCCUCCGGCGCCUCCAGUGCCUCAGCGCACUGGCACGGAUGGCCGGAGCGGGGCUGGCACCGCGGCUUGGCCUUUCCUGCGGUCCUGGCGCCCUGGAUGUGCUGGGGGUGACUCUGCUUUUCUGGCUGUGGCGUUGA